AUGUUUGACAUAUCCCAUCACUUCUUCCUCUUCAUUUCUACAAUUUGGCGCAUCAGUAAUCAAUUUCUUGGCCUCCGAUUAAGUAACAGUUUGGUGAAGCACAUCGGAGGGCAAGUCCAAAUAACACCCACCGGGUCGGCCCAAUUUGGCCCAGUGAAUAACAUCGAAAACACAAUUAGGAAUAAGUUUAAUAUCAAUGGUUUUUGUGGGAAAUUCCCGAGAGGGUUUGUGAUCGAGCUCUUGAAAGUUGCCGCGGCCAAGUCUUUUUGUCGCAGGAGCGUUGGAGAGACUCGCAAGGCCGUAUACGGUGAAGACGAUUUACGGCAAGCCGGUGAGAUAUCAGUAGGCCGAGGUGGCGUAACUGGCGGCUGGAUCAUUGUAGAAGGCGAUGAAUCGAAUUCUGAGGGCAACAAAGCAGUUGGUGAGGGAGCAGAGGAGCUGCACCAAACUCCCAAACCACCAAUCCAUCCACUCUCUAUCAAUGACAAUGGAGGUGUGGAGGGGAAGGGGGUUGCAGGGUCUAGUCGCAAUGAUUUUGCGAUGAAAAGGGAAUGCUUUUAUUGGGGUUGUUCGUGGUGGAGGUGGUUUCCAUUGAAAGGAGGAGGGUUUACUGAGGGAUUGUGGUUGGGAAAAUUGGUUUUUGCCAGAGAAAUCAGUCAAGGGUUUAUUGUGGAAGGAGGUGGAUUUUGCUGGAGGGGAAGGGGAAAGAGUGUCGGAGAGGGAUUGGGUGGUGGUGUUGCUGGUCCAAGAUGGGGAAUGGGGAUUGGUUGGUAA